AUGUCUUCUCUUUUAGACUUCUUCGAGACUCGUCGUCCCACUGCAAAGCGGCGAAAACUUUCGCCUGAGGACUCGGGAUCGUCAACACCGUCUAGAAGCGCAGAUCUGGAUGUCUCUGAUGGAUUGCACGUUAACCUGAAUUUCCCAGUCUAUCCAAGAAAGGCGAUCGAUGCAUCCGAUAGUGGAAAUAUUCCAAUCGGCAACGAAUAUGCUGAAUAUGCUGACGUUCCUAGAGGCAGUCAGACAGACUUAGAAGUGUCUCUCCCGCCAGUCAAGACAGACCAGGAUGCGAUUGAAGAAUACGAGAAGUCCAAGGCUGUUGAAGCUGGAGGCGGAGAAGAGGAAAAUCUUCCACUGCAACAAAGGCUUGGAGAGAUGCAAUGGCGCAAGGGGAAGAGUUCAAUAUAUGUGGACGCGUUCAACCUCGCGCUGGAAACGGUGCUGGAAGAAGAGGCUCAUCUAUUUGAUAAAGCAGAGUUGGGCGUCUUUCGUAUAUGGAAUUCUUUGACUUAUGAGGCGCAAUAUCUAUAUGUACGACUUUUUCUCCGCAAAACAGCCGCCUGGCAUCGCAUAAAUCGACUAGGAUACUACCAGGAGAUUGUCGAUAUGGACCAGGCUGUGGCAGACCUUCGAGAGGUCCAUGCUCUUCCAUCAUCAACGUCGCUUUCCGGAGGUAUUACGUUAACCGACCCCGAAGUCCCUGAAGACACCAACUUUCUAGGCGAUUCCUUCAGGUUUGCAGAGGGGAUUGAUGAAAUAACCACGUUAGAAGAAGCCUCUUCCUUACUUCUAUUCGAUGAGCUCAAAGAAAUGGCCAAAGAAGCCAAAGUUCAGGGGAAGAAUAAGAAGGAGCUCCUAGCAGCACUCCUUCAAACGAGCCAGACUCAAAGCAGUCUAAGGUGGAAAGAAGAAACGUUCAGCAACCGAGACUGCCAUUUUCUCAAAAAGAUUUUGGGAUAUACAGGUGACUGCAUCAGGCUCGCUCCUGCGCCAUUAAAACUGUUCGAACGGGUCCACCUGGUCUUUUACCGCUCGACUGAGUGGACAGAGAAAUCUCUUACCACAAUUAUCCUAGCAAAGGUCUCGCGGAAGAACUUUCCUGAUUAUGUCGUCUCGCGAUCUACAGUAAUCUUUCCGUCUCGAGCAUAUUUGAUUGAGUUCGAAACAGCUUUAAGAACACAGUUCCAGAUCGACAAUAUAUUGGAAUUCAAUGGAACACCAACAGUGCAACGUCUAGAGACAAUCAAAGACCUAAGCGAAAAGAUCUACCCCAGAUGGAGAUUUCUAUCGGAACAAGAACAGCAAAAGGAAAACAAUAUUUAUAGUAGUGGCGAAGGUGCUUACCUACGUCGCUUUUCGCCGGCUUGGGUGUAUACGAGAAUCAUACACAAAGGCCUUUAUCCUCUUGGUCGAUUCAAAGAACAUAAGCGUGAACAUGAGAUACUGACCGAACUCCUUAAUCAAAAGCUCUUUCACACUGCACGACGCGGCGCUUGGUAUCAAAGGAAAGCUCUGUUGGAGGAACACUAUCUCUGGGCCUUGAUGCCAAAUGGCGGCAGAAGCGAAGAAGCACAGAAGAAAUAUUGGAAGAGAAUCUCGCUGGAGACUUGUGAAGCCGGACUUCAAGAUCCAGAUUGUCAUGUCAUCUAUCAUUAUGAUCUUCAAAAAAGAAUUAUCAAGCUUGAAAAAUCGCUAAAGGUGGUGAAGCGAGAGCAGCACGACUUUGGACACGUUCUUCUUGUCAAACCCCAAGAAAGAACCAUAGAGGGCAUCCGCGUUGAGAAAGAAGACUUGCUAAAUAAACCCGAUUCAAUCAAGCCCGGUAGUGACAUACAAAUAUCAUCAACGCGGAGGGGACUCCCUACUGUUUGGAUCGACGAACGAGAAGGUGGCGAAGAAUGCAGAGUCGAAAAUAUGUGUCUCAGCUGGUAUCGAGCAAAUGGAUGGAAGGGUUAUCACUCUGAAGGAGGGAUUGUCCGGACACUUUUCGGCUAUCUUUUCUAUGAUAUUUUAUUCACCUACGUUCCCAAUGUCUUCCAGACGCCAUUUCAAACUUGUCCGUUGGACCUCCAUACAGAUGCUUUCUACCCGGCUCGCGCUUCAGAAAUCAACCACCGACUUGUCCAGCUUGCUAACGGCGAGGCCGAGAAAAUUAUUCGUAGCGUCCACGAGAGCGAAUUCCCUAAACAGACCUGUAUCGUUGGCGUUGAUUGGACAUUCGCAAUUGACGACCUCGUUGAGAUUGUUCAAUGUUUCAAAGGUUCGGCGUUGGGAACUGUGUGCAAAGUUAUGGCACAAGAAUAUCAGCAGCGGGGAGGUGGGAUCCCCGACCUUUUCCUCUGGAGUCCAGAGAAGAAGGAGGUCAUGUUCGCUGAGGUCAAGUCAGAGAACGAUCGGUUAAGUGAUACACAGAGAUUGUGGAUACAUGUUUUGGCGGGUGCCGGGGUUGCGGUCGAGUUGUGUAAUGCCGUGGCAAAGGAGGUUAGAUAUACAUGA